AUGAGACAGAGACGGUGGCUUGAGCUUAUUAAAGAUUAUGAAACCGAGAUCCUUUAUCAUCCUGGUAAAGCUAAUAAAGUUGCAGAUGCCUUAAGUCGAAGACCUCAUGGUGGAAUACAUUUCAUGAGAAAUUUGCCGAGAGAGUUAUGGUUAGAACUUCAGAAGAAGUUCAGGGAACAAUCAAUGAUUGAAGUUCAAGAAAAGGCUAUGUGUUCCGUGGAUGCUGAAUUAAGGAAUGACAUUCUUCACGAAGCCCAUGCUAGAUCUUACUCAGUACAUUGGGGUCGCGAUAAGAUGAUCAAGUCAAAGAGAAAGAAAGAAGUUGGGUUGACGCAACCAUUAGAUAUACCUGAUUGGAAGUGGGAUUCCAUUUCAAUGGAUUUUGUGGUUGCUAAAAUCUAUGUUCAAGAGAUAGUCAAAUUACAUAGGGUGCCCAGAAUUAUCAAUUCUGAUAAGGAUUCUAAAUUCUUAUCACAUUUUUGGAAAGAAUUACAAGAAGCUUUCGGAACAAAGUUGAGUUUGAGUACUGAUUUUCAUCCAGCUACUGAUGGCCGAAUAGAGAAAACUAUUUAA